CACUCCUCUGACGGAGCAGCACACACACCAAUAGCAGAGGGCCCAGGACAGGCAAUAAGCAGGGAGGGACUUCCUUCAGGUCCUCUGUAGCUUGGUGACACGUAACUAAAGCUAAAGGUGUCGUUCAAAGCUAAAAGGCUGAAAGUAAACAGCUGUAUGGGAAAGUUUUUCUCCAUCCUGGGAAUGGAUAUUUCACACCUGAGAAUCUGCUUCUGUUUCACCCGGAAAGCCUUGCUUUAAUAUUCAGCUCUUUGGAAUGUAAAGCCCAUAAGAGGGCAAAGAUUUGGAGAAAGUUGUUGUAUAUGUUCAGUGUGGAGAACAUGGGCAGUGGGGUUUGCUCCAGAAAGCAAAGGAAAAUCUUCCAGUCGUUGCUUUUUACCACUGUGGUUUUUGUCCUCAUUUAUGGAGGAAUGAUUUGGUAUGAAAUGCACCAGCAGCUGAAGAGGACAGAAGCUCUGGCUCUGAAAUACCAGCAGCACCAGGAGUCUCUCUCAGCCCAACUACAAGUGGUAUAUGAGCAUCGGUCCAGGCUGGAGAAAUCGCUCCAGAAAGAACGACAAGAGCACAAAAAGUCUAAAGAAGAUUAUCUGGUUUAUAAACUGGAGGCUCAACAGUCACUGAAUAAGGAGAAGCAAGAUGCCAGCAGCAGGUUAAACUCUAUUCACACACAGCACCAGAUGCUCAAGAAUCAGCAUGAGGAGUUGAAAAAGCAGUUCUAUGAGCUGCAGGAGCAGCAUCACGCUCAGGGUGAAGACCACAAUAAGGUUCUGGAUGAACACCAGCAAAGAUAUGAGAGAUUACAGCAGACUAAAGAGAUUGAGCUCUCUAAACUCAAAGAAGGUAUUUAUAACCUACGGGAGGAGAACAGGCAGCUGAGGAAGGCUCAUCAGGAGAUCCAUGUGCAGCUUCAGGAUACAAGGCAACAGCACAAGAGCUUAAAAGCAGCCCACGAUCAGCUUGCAUUGACCCUGGAGGACCACAAGAGUGCACUAGCGGUGGCUAAGGGCCAGGUGGAUGAGUAUAAGCAGCUGAAGGAGACUCUGAAUAAAAUGCCGAGCCUGAAGAAGCCUGAAGAACCUCAGCCUGCUGUGGCUCAGAUCAAACAAGCAGAGCAGCACCAGAAUACAGAGCAGCGGGGGCAGAACCGAGAUGAGGGAAAAGAGGAAGGAGCACAGGAAGAAGAGAGGAGGCACGAAGGCUUGGAUCGGCCUCAUGCAACAGAACAGCGUGAUCACCUUAACCAUGAAGAAGAAGAAGAAAAAGAAGAAGAAGAAAAAGAACCAGAACGAAACCUGCCUGAUGAAAAUGCAUUAGAGAGGGACAGUCACGUUGCACAGCCGGUGAGUCCUACUCAGGGAAACCACAUCAAAUCUGCCUACGAGCAGCAGCAGGAAGAGCAGCGGCGCUUAGCUGCACGAUUGGAGGAGGAACAGCAGCAGCUGCUUCAAAGACAGGAGGAACUGCAGAGGAAACGGGAGGAGAGAGAGCGAGUGGCGAGACAGAGGGAGGAGAAAGAACGGCUAGAAAAGGAAAGGGAGGAGAGUGAACGGCUGGAAAGGGAGAGGGAGGAGAGAGAACGGAUGGAAAGAGAGAAGGAAGAGAGGAGGCAGCGAGAAGAGCAGCAGCACAGGCAACGCUAUGAACAGCAGCGCCAAGCGGAAGAGAUCAGGAAAAAAUCACUGUAUGUAAAUAUGGAGCCUGAGGUUGCCCACCACGAAGAAGAACAUAAUGUCCAUCGUGUGGAAGUGCAGGGGCAAAAGGAAGACAAGCCUGUGCAUCAUGAAGAGCAAACCAUGGAGGCGGACAUCGAUCCUGCAGACGAUCCCAACAAUCAAGGAGAGGACGAGUUUGAGGAAGCUGAACAGCAGGUCCAUGAGGAAGAGGAGGACGAAGAGCCGGUGCCUCCCAGACAUGCUGACACACACUUGAUCAAAGGGAAUCAGCAGCAGGCUCCUGCUGAUGAACAGCUGGUGAUGGCAGGAAACCCAGACCAGCAGGAAGACAAUAUGGAGGAGCAAUAUCAAGAAGAGGGGGAAGAUGAGGCUCAGGAAGAUUUGGCUGUGGAUCAGCAACAGGAAGAGAGAGGAGAAGAAGAGGCAGAUCCUUACAACGAAGAGAAUGGAGAGCAAGAUGAAGCUAGAGAUCAGAAGGAUAGAGGGUCAGAGAAACAUACCGCCAGAGAACCGAACGAGGAGGAAAACUAUGAGGAGGAAGAGGAGGAGCCAGAGGAAGAGGCCAAUCACCGGGCAGAGAUGUGAACCUUUUUUUGUGUCAUUUUUGUUACUGUAGCGGGAUUGAACUGUGUAAAGCAGCGAUUCCACUGGAACUAUCCUCUUCUUUUGUGGUAAGACAUCCUCGAGCUGGACCUACAAGACUGAUCGAAAUCUGCUGAACCGGAUAAAUAUAUAUUUCUGUUCACUGUGCCUUUAUUUUGCUACUUUGUAAAUUUAGCACUGUAUAAUUAGAAACCUGAGCAUUCUGCUUUUAAACAGUCAGGAUUUUAGAACAACGCUGUAGACAGAACGAUUAUUAUAACUUGUUUUCCUUUUUUUAGCUUUUUAUAUGGCUCUUAUGUUUUUAAGAACCGUCAGUGUCACUACAUGAAUGUUUAUUAUUUGUUGGCAGAUGGGUGUUGCUAAUGAUCAUAUUUUAUUUUAUCGUUAGAAGCGUUGAAUAAUUUUUUUGGGUUAAGACAUAAAGAAACUAUGUUUAGCUGCUACUAACUAAAGUAGAGCAAGUCAAAUCUGAGAUCUUUGAAAUUUGGCUUUUGGGUCACAUUUGAAUGUUGUAUUUCUGUCUGUUUUUCUUUCUUUCUUAUUUCAUAUUGUGUUGAACGUUGGAUCCGUAAUUACUGUGGAGUGAGCACAGUCAAGUCUCCACUUGGGGCCUCAGAAGUCUUGGAUAGAAAUGUAAAGCUCAUGAGAACAUACUGUGUUAAUGAUGACGUUGAAACACUCAGGCCCUGAUUUAACAACAAGAAACGCAUGCUAAUUUUGGAAUGAAAUCCUUUUCACGGUCUCUGUUUAAAUGCAAUCAGAGGUGUGAAUAUGUGACAAAAGUAUAAAAUGAAACCUAUAUUAUUGCAGUAAUCAUUUUGUAAGCAUAUAUCAUUUUGAUCAUUUAUGAGCUACUAAAGCGUAACGUUUCUCAUUAUUAACCUAGUAUCUGGUAUGGAAAUGACAAUCUACUCAUGCAACUACCACUUUUUGUCAGACAUUUCCUAAAUAUUGUGCGCCACAUGGAAUAUUCAGAAUCAUAUCAAAGACUCAAGCCAUGAUGGAAACCUGAUCCAUACAUCUAUGCUUUUCUAACUUAAGAAGAAUGAUUUUCAUAUAUGAUUAAGAUUAAGAUAUAUAUGGGGUUGAUAAAAAGUCAGUUAUCCCUCAGAAAUGUAAUGAUAUCACACCAGGUUCCAUCCUGAGGUCAAGAUAAACUUGUUAGUUUUUAGUUAAAUUUACAGGCAGUUGCAAUCAGUAAACUUACGGCAUUAAAACAUGCUUUACUAAUGAUUCGUUAAUCAGUGGUUUAACAGUAGAUCUACUAACCAUGGAGCAUUGAAGAGACUAAUUUAUUCUCAGUCCCAGCGCAACAGAUCACAGGAUGUCUCAAUUCUUGCCAAGAUGUAUUCUUUGUCCUUCUCUCUAUUUGAGUUCUGUUGCCCACGGUAGCUUGACAAGAUCGGAUUUAACGAGGACACAAGUCCGUUCUUUGCGUCCAUAGAUAAGAUCUUGCAUCGACUCUGUUAGCAGCAUGUACCUGUUUUUGCAGGUGUUAUCAAUAUUGUUUAAGUAAAUCAGCACCUGAGUUUUUCUGUUCAAUUACAUCUUUAUCUCUAGUCACUCUCUACUUGUGAAAAUCUGAAAAUCUCCCACUACAACUCUUGGUGCUUUCACUGCUAUAGUGGAGGUCUGUGAUGGAUUGGUGUUCUGUUCAGGCUGUAUUUCUCCCUCGUCUUCUCAGUCCCAAGUUACUGGUUACUCUAUAUGAGUGAAUCAACUAGCAUUCAGAUGUUUAGCAAUUAGAGUUUAGACAGCAAAUCUGUCUAAGCAAAUCUUGGCUAAAGGAAUGUUUACAUUUGAAUUUUUGGCCAAACUAAAGGUUUAAAUAUCCUCAGCUUGUGCACCAGCAUAAUUACUCUAACGACAGGUGUGUGCCAACAUUACACUAUAAUAAUAUAUCUAAAAAUAAUUCUUUAUUAUUCAGAGUGACGCUUCCCUCUGCCACAUACAGUGCAGAGCUCCUGUACUUAAAUUCCUCCAGAAUAGGAUACAAGACCUUGUCUUUAUGCUGCUUUCUAUAUGUGACAGAAUUUCUCUGGAGAAAUAAUCCUGGCCAACAGAAUCAAAUACUGCAUCCCUGCACAUUACAUGUGUAGAUAAUCACAUGGAGUUAUGGAGUGAGUCAUGGAGUGAGUCAUAUACCGCUUAAGGUACCUGUUAAGAGAGAGAUAACUCUGCACAUAUAUUUGAAACCUAUUUAAAAGAAGCACUGCCAAAUCCUACCAUAACGUCGCUGAUUAUUAUUAUUUUAUUAUUCUUUUAUUACUAUUAUUAUUAUUAUUAUUAUUAUUAUUAUUAUUAUUAUUUUAUUAUUCUUUUAUUAUUAUUAUUAUUAUUAUUUUAGUUUCUUUUUUUUUUCUUUUUUUUUGCUGUAGUUUAUUCAACUGAAUACUGAACCCAUCUUACUGGUUUGUGAAGAUGUUUAGGCUUUUGAAUGUGUUACUACAAACUAUUUUAUUUAUUUUGCCAAAUCUUAUUAUUGUUAUGAUGAUGAAAAUCUCCCUUCAUUGACAAAAUGCUUCUUUACUUUAUCAUGUGUAAUAUUUUACCCCAUGAAUCUGCCACAUUUAUUACAGUUUGCGAUGUUGCGAGAACAAUCUUUUAGGCAAAGGUUAAUGUGUUUAAUACACUGUAUUAAAAUAAGACACUUUAUAUAUGAA